AUGUGCAUGAGCGUGUGUGGCUCUUGGCACGACACAAGUGGAGCCAAAGCUAACUUCACUCACUUGGGCACACCUCGGCUCACUUCAGCUCACUUGGACACUCUUGAGCACACUUCUGCUCACUUCUCUGGAGCUGGCGCGGAGGACUAUGGCGGCCAUUUUGUGGGAGCCGUGUUCGGAGCGCGCUGGGAGUGCGCUCAGAGCAGCCCCUCUUCUGUGACCGCGGGUACCACCACAGAGGGGCUGCCUAGUGCCCAGCCGUCCUCAGUCGUCACCUCUGCGCCUACAGUCAGUGUCGUGGUCAAACCUACAGCCUCCAGGAGCGGUGGCAGCUCCUGCCUCUGA